CAUGUGGUGGAAGAACAAAAAGAACAAAAAAUCCAGGCAGCCGAUUGAGCCGGAGACGCCCAUCGAAGCCAGAUCCUCCUCCUCUGUCCCAACAGAAGACCGUCCUCACUCCGUCAAUUCCCUCACCAACUUCUCCUCCAACUCCUCCACCUCCUCCGCCGCCUCCCUCAAAUCUCACAUCAAAUCCUCCCUCCCCGAAAACCCCAUCAUCUACGACAUGUCGGAUAUCCGCCACGCUUUAUUCAGCCUCCGCCGUGGCUCCUCCUCCUCCUCCUUCCGCCGCUCCCUUUGCGGCAAAGACGUCGUCAUUUUCCAGCGCAAGUACGGCCUCCCCCUCCCCAUCUCCGACUCUGACCUCCACCAGCGCCUCACCCAGAUCUCCAAAUCCCACCACACCAGCCUCAUCAAGCUCCUCGGUGCCUCCCUCUCCGGCUACUACGUCUACCUCGUCUACGAAUACGUCCCCGGCGCCAACCUUGCCGACUGCCUCCGCAACCCUAACAACCCCUACUUCACCGUUUUGUCCACGUGGCUCUCCCGCAUGCAGGUCGCGGCCGACCUCGCCGAUGGCCUCAAUUACAUGCACCACUCGUCCGGCGACAACUCCACCUUCGUCCACAACCACAUUAAAUCCUCCAGCAUCAUCAUCUCCGAGCGGAAAAACCUCCCGCUCAGAGCCAAGAUCUGCCAUUUCGGCACCGCCUGGCUCUGCUGUGAGACACAGCUGACGCACAAGUGCGAUGUCUAUGCCUUCGGGGUUGUGCUUCUGGAGUUGAUUUCAGGGGAGGAGCCAUUGAUGGACGGCAAUGGAGGAGGAGGUGGAGGAGGGUGUAGGAGGGUGAGUGUGAUCGAGACGGCGAGGGAGGCUGUGAGUAGCGGCGGCGGGGUGAGGAGGUGGGUGGAUCGGAGGUUGAAGGACUCAUUUCCGAUGGAGGUGGCAGAGAAGAUGGUGAAGGUGGCGUUGGAGUGUGUGGAGGAGGAUCCGGACAGCCGACCCGACAUGGGUCGGGUUGCGGGUUUGGUUUCGAAGCUGUUUUUGAAGUCGGAGAGUUGGGAUAAGAAGAUGGGCCCGCCUAUUGACAUGACAAUUUCAUUGGCCCCUCGGUGAUAUUACUAUAUUGGUUCAAUUUCGGUUGAACAAAUUGUGAAUAGGGAAGUUGUGUGUGGGAUUGGGGAUGUGUAUAUAUUUGUAUUAUACUUGAUUUGAUGCUGUGAACAAUUUGACAUACGAGAAACUUACUGAGAACAGAACA